AGGAAGAAGAAGAAGAAGAAGAAGAAGACAUAAUGACCUGGGCGCAAUGCAUUGUGGGCGCCGGAAGAAAUAGAAACCAAAUAGCUUACUUUUCAGUUACAGUUUGAUUUACUCCGGGGUGGACUCUGCAAGCUCAGCCGUUGGAUUUCUGACACAGCCAUGUCUUCAACGUCCCAAAAGCAUAAAGAGUUUGUGGCUGAGCCUAUGGGUGAGAAACCUGUGAUGGCUCUAGCAGGCAUUGGAGAAGUCCUUGGCAAAAAACUGGAGGAGCAUGGUUUUGAUAAGGCAUACGUGGUCCUCGGGCAGUUCCUAGUUUUGAAGAAGGAUGAGGAGCUUUUCCGGGACUGGCUUAAAGACACAUGUGGAGCAAAUGCCAAGCAGCAGCGUGACUGCUAUGGCUGUCUUAAGGAAUGGUGCGAUGCCUUCCUAUAAAACCUGUCGUCAAUCUUUUUUUUUUUUUUCCUACUUCUGUCUGAAAUGAACAUUACUUCUUCAACAGUCUCCACUCAAUUCACUUGUGAGUGUUUGUAGUUGUAGUUUUCACUAAAUCAGUAAAGUGACACAUUCAUUCAGACGCCAGCCAUUUAUUAAAUCAGUUUUAUCAUUAUACAGUAAUGGCAUCCUGCAAUGUCUACUUACUGUUUUAUGCAAAACAGGUUGAUUUAUUUCAGCUGUAAACAUUAAUACACAGAACUCUUCUUCGCUUGUAGGUUACCGAUAAGUCGGGUUGCAGUCAGACUAAUUAUAGUAUAGCUACGGCUUUUUAAAUGUUCUGACACGUGUGUUUUAGAGUUGUCUGAAAUAAAGAACUGUUUAUAAAUGUGCUUAACUUGAUCUCUUAGGUCAAAUGUAAAUUGUACAAAAAAUCUGCUGUUUUAUGCAUCUUACUCACAUUUAGAAAAAUACUUUGCAUUAACAACUAAAUCUAGUUCCUGCUGAAGAGACAUUCUUGAUGCAUGAUGCUGCCACCACCAUGUGUCACUGUGGGGAUGUUGUCUUCGUUGUGAUGUGCAGUGUUAGUUUUCUGCCACACAUAACAUUUAACAUGUAGGCAAAAAAGUUCAAUUUUGGUCAAUAUGAUGAUUUUGCUACCACUGUUCAGAAAACUACCUGUUUUCAGCUGUAAUUCUUGGCAUAUUUGCUCAGUUUUCUUACAAAUGCCAAUGAGAAGUUUGACAAACAAACAGCAUUUUUCCUAAACAACAAAUCCUCUGCUGUAAGUGCACCACAGACAGUGUCUUUUUUGAAAUGUCUUGCAGAGAAUGUUGCAUUUUGUUCUGAAAAUAAAAAUUAACUAACUUGAUUCUUGUUAUAGCAGUAAGGUUGUAGAUAUAUGUUUAGAAAGGUGCUGUUUUAGCUUUUGAACAAUGGAAAUGAAACAUCACCAUUAGAUUACAUUUGAUCUGAUUUAAGCUCUUUCUGGAACUGAAGAUGGAAAUGUACAUGACUAAAGAUGCUGAUGCAACAAACCUAGAUCCUGUUAAGAUCAACUAUAUUACCUAACUCACAAAUUAAAACAUCUUGUGUGCAGUGUUUUUAGAUGAACAUUCACUCCCACCCUCGUUAUGUUUCAACUCGAUAUGUACUCAUCAGAUGCCUUAAAGCUUGCUGUUGUAAACAUGUAUUUAAAUCUAAUAACAUCAUUGUGUUAUCUAAUUUGUGUGAUACAGAUUGAUGUUUAGAUGCCCUCAUCAACAGCUUUAUAACAAUAUAGUCAUUGAGGUUCCUUUGUUAAAACACCGGCCCUUGGGUUUUGGUCUGACUGAAAACUUUUCAGCUUUUUUGUGUUCAAUAUAAAACAAUAAACGGCAUGUGUCACAUUCAA